AUGCUGGAGUCGACCUGCAGGGCCUUCUUCGACCUGCAAGGAGUCCAGCUCCGUCCUGCCCCGGAUGCAGUCAUGACGACCCACUGUGCUCGAGUGGUAGAGAGCGCACCCGCACAGAACAGAUCCGAAGCGGUAGAGGGACAGAUAGACGUACCUGCCGCAAACCGGGACGCAAAUCCAAGAGUUGGGUUUAUUUCAUAUUCCCGCCGACCUGCACCGAGGGAUGCAGUACUCAGUGGCCCGACAUCAAGGGCAGCCACUGCUGACGAGCGUGAUAGGUCUGGAGAUAGGCAGCACAGGUUUGCUGAUCGGGUUAGGAUGCCGCAGGAACGCGAAGCACGGACGGAGACCGACUUGGCAAGCGUAGCAGAUGAAGGCGAGGAGGGUGUAGAAGAUCCACAGCUGCCAAGUCAGGUCGAACAGGCAGAGGAGCACUGGAGGAAGGCGGCUGAUGAAAAGCGGAUGGUCGAAGCAGAAGCCAAGAGUAGACGGGCUGAAGAGAUGCAGCGGCGCAGUGAUGGCGGCACCGAUCCUACCGUCUCUUUCCCGGGAACUGGAGACAUACGUGAAGCAUGGGAGCGUGGGGCACGAGCCGCUGCAAGGGCACACGUGGGAGAGGCAGGAGAGGAGCUCGCCAGCAAUGUGCGGCAGCAUAUCGAGGAGGAUAGGGGAUACGUGAAAGUUCGCUUGCCCAGCCUAAAGCGGAAGGCGGCAGAAGAGGCCCGGAGAGGGGACGUCGACGUGCCAGAGAAUUCGGGAGAGGCGAAAAAGAAGGAGGAGAGCAACGCGGGUGCUAAGGCUCAUAAGAUGGUGGAGGUAGAGGCGCACCAGAAUGCAGAGGAUGCGGCCCAUCGGUUCGUCGAUGCAGAGGCGGUACUUACGGCAGAGGACGGGGCGCCAAAGGAAGCAGAGUCUGCGGCGCAGCAGAAGGUGGGUGCAGAGGCGGUCAAGGGUGCGGAGGCAGUCGCGCGUAAAGAAGCGGGUGCAGCAGCAGAGCUGACGUCGGAGGCAGUCGAGCUGAUGGUUGUGGAGGCAGUGGCGCAGAAGGAAUCAGAGGCAAUGGCGAGCCAGAAGGAUGAGGCAGCGGCGCAGCAGAAUGAUGAGGCAGACGCACAUAAGGAAUCAGCGGCAGCAGCGCAGCAGAAGGAUGAGGGUGCGGCGCCCAGGAUGGUUGAGGCAGAGGCGCAGAAGGAAUCAGAGGCAGCGGCGCAGCAGAAGGAGGAGGGUGCGGCGCCGAAGAUGGUUGAGGCAGAGGCGCAAAAGGCAUCAGAGGCAGCGGCGCUGCAGAAGGAGGAGGGUGCGGCGCCGAAGAUGGUUGAGGCAGAGGCGCAGAAGGCAUCAGAGGCAGGGGCGCUGCAGAAGGAGGAGGGUGCGGCGCCGAAGAUGGUUGAGGCAGAGGCGCAGAAGGCAUCAGAGGCAGCGGCGCUGCAGAAGGAGGAGGGUGCGGCGUCGAACAUGGUUGAGGCAGAGGCGCAGAAGGAAUCAGAGGCAGCGGCGAGGGAGAAGGAUAAGGCAGCGGCGCUGCAUAUGGAGGAGGCAGACGCACAUAAGGAAGGAGAGGCUCGGAAUAAGGCAGAAGCAGCGGCGCGGCAGAAGGCGGAGGCAGAGGAGCAGAAACAGGCUGCGGAAGAGGCACUACAACUGGCUCGGGCUGAAGCGCGGAAGAAGGCUGUUGGAGAGGCGCAGAAGAAGGCGGAGGGUGUUGCGCAGAAGAUGUCAGAGGCCGAGGAGCAGAAGCAGGCUGAGGCAGACGCACGAAGGAAGCCAGAUGGAGAGGACGGUUCAGAUGGGAAUAAAAUGGUACAGACAGAGGGACGGGAGACGGCGGGUGCUGAGGGGCACAUCAUCGCAGAGGAAGAGGGGCAGCAUAACGAGGAGGCAGCGUCGCAGGUAUUCGCAUACCGAGAGACGCAGAGCAUGGCAGAGACAGGGCGUCAAAAUACUAUGGAGGAGGUUCGUGUCGUCCCGGAGGCUGGAGUGGGGCACUACGAGGGAGAUGCGCUGGAAACAGAAGAGGAGCAGAAUGAGGAGGAUACGGUACAUCCGGCAGUACGGAUAUUUUUGGGAGGAAGUCCGACGCGGGGACCAGGAACCGGGGUAGAGGGGCCAUGGAGGGUGGCAGACGAUGGGGCGCCUAGGGAUACAGUGGGUCUCAACAGGCAGAGGCGGCCCACCCUUCACCAGAGAGCAGUGGAGAGGAAUCUCGGCCAAGGCGGGGUGGCAGAAGCGUUUUGGCAGGUAGAGUGGGUCGAGGCAGAGACGGCAAUACGGCGGAUGCUGCAUCGGACGAGUACAGUCCUGGUCGAACAAGGUGACAGGUUCGUUGAGGCCGAAAGCUGGGACAUAAGCCCGGCAGAGGUAACGCGUCGUCUGACGCUCUUAGCCCGAAUGGUGACGCAGACGUUCUGCAACUUGGCGGCCCGCAACAGCAGCAUCAGUCGCGACGUGGCCGAUCUGACCGUCCAUUACUGUCGCGACGCCCUGGCCAACCUGGAAGAAGUCCGCCAUGGAAACGAGGAACGGCGGCGCCAAGCUGAAACGGCGGCCAGGUUUCGCGAGGAGGUGGACACGAGACUCUCCAACUUGCAGGAGAGUAUCGUAAGGGUGAGUGAUCAGGUUCGCCAGUCGGGAGGGGGGAUGGCGGAGGGCACGUUAAAGGGGGUGGAAGAGAGGUUGAGAGAGGUUCUGAGAGAAGAGUCUGAGCGGCGGAACAGGGAUAGACUGCAGGACGAGGAGCGGAGGCAGAAGGCCAUGAGGAAGGAAGCAGACGCCGCAGAGAGACGGAAGAAGGAACAACAGCAGGAGGAAGCGCGUCGGCAGAAGGAGAUGAGAGAGGGAAUGAAGGAGAUGAAGGAGGCGAUGAUGAAGGAGAUGAAGGCAGAAAUGAAGGAGAUGAAGGAUGGGAUGGUAAACCAGAUUGUGGGGAGGUUGAGCGCGGUUUUGCGAGAAGAAUCCGAGCGGCAGAAGAAGGAGAGGCAAGUGGACGCGGAGCGGCGACAACAGCAGGACGCGAAGAGGAAACAAGUGGCGGACGACGAGGAGAGACGCAAGAGGAUACAACUGGACGAGCAAUGGCGGAAGGAGGAGGAGGUGAAGAGGAAGGACGUAGAGGCCACAGAGCGGCGGAGGAAGAACAAACAUCAGGAGGAAGAGCGACGGCAGAAGGAGGUGGAGGCGGGAAUGAAGGAAGUGAUGGAGGCUGUGAAGGAGAUGAAGACGGGGAUUACGGGGUGGAGGGAGGGGAUGAUAAGUGAGGAGGAUGCGCAGAGGAAGGAGGCAGAGGAAGCAGAGCGGGUGGAGAGGGAGAAACAGCAAGAGAUGGCGCUCCUGCAGAAGGAGGAGGCGCAGCGGAAAGAUGCAGAGGAGGCCGAGAGGCAGGAGAGGGAGAAACAGCAGGAGAUGGCGCGCCUGCAGGAGGAGGACAGUCAGAGGAAGGAGGCAGAGGAGGUAGAGCGGCGUCAGAGGGCGAAACAGCAGGAAUUGGACCGCCUGCAGAAGGAGGAGACGCAGAAGAAGGAGGCAGAGGAGGCCGAGCGGCAGCAGCGGGCGAAACAGCAGGAGAUGGAGCGCCUGUAG